CAUUUCUAACGUCCUUUAUAAUCUCUUUUUGGUGUUUUCAUUUCGAAUUCCAACAGCGACACUCCACUUUUCACUGGCUGAAUUUAUCCCCUGCUCUCACUCAGAGACGGGGUUGGAAUUAUUUUAAACACGCGUUCUUGAGAUCUGGUACUAUUUGUCCCGUCGGUUUCACUGUACUAUCGCUGCCUCAGUUCGGCGGGAGCACUUCUGUUCGGAUUCCGUAGCACGUUUAAGCUACAGGUGGAGUGUGUUGCUAUGUGCUCUCUUGCCCUGUUCCCACCACCUCUUGUUGACGGAGAAGUGACACUGUACGAGGCCAACAAUGAGCUCGUGUCGGGGUCCUCUCCAAGCAGUUAUCCAAAGCAGACUUGGGAUCCACCGAGCCUGAACUUCCCACGUGAAUCUCUGAAGCCCCACAGUCGUCCCGAGAGCAGCAGUAAAACAGCUUUUCUUGACCACAGAGACACACUCUGGAUGAGGAGUGCUGGAGCUUGGCGUGAUGCUGGUCUGGCAGGACUACUGGAUGAAAUCACCAACAGUGCAGAGGAGGUCCCCAAGUGGUUGAGUAUGAGCUCAGGCUGUGUGCUGGCUCUGCUCCGCUAUGUAUCCUCAUUUCAUGGCUCACUAUUCCCACAUCUUACUCUGAGCAGCGAGGACAUGGUGGCAGAGUUCUCACAAGUGCUGGACUGGUCGGACUGCACAGUGCGGGCCUUUGCCUGGCACCCUCACACUGACAAGUUUGCUGUGGCCCUGCUUGAUGAUUCCAUCCGGAUCCACAACUCUAAAAGUGUAACUGCACCCACUCUGAAGCACAGGCUGCAGCGGAGUGUGGCCGCCCUCCAGUGGAAGCCUCUCUGCGCUUCAGCGUUGGCCGUAGCCUGCCACACCUGUUUGCUGGUCUGGCAUGUAGACCCCACCUCCCUCUCCACAAGGCCAUCGUCAGGGUGUGCACAAGUGUUGUCCCACCCUGGUCACUCUCCAGUCACGUCGAUUGCCUGGGCUCCCUCUGGAUCUAUCCUUGUGUCUGCCUCCCCAGUGGACACAGCCAUGCUGGUGUGGGAUGUUGCAGCGGAGAGUUGUGUUCCACUGCAGCGAGUGGGAGGGGGAGGUGUGACUUUCCUGUCCUGGGCACCGGAUGGUGGCAGAGUGUUGGCGUCCACUCCCUCUGCCCUCUUCAGAGUUUGGGAGACAAGGAUGUGGACGUGUGAGAGAUGGCCAUGCUUAAAAGGCCGUUGUCAGUCUGGCUGUUGGAGUCCUGAUGGCUCUCGUUUGUUGUUCAGCGUUCAGGGCGAGAUGGUGAUCUAUGCACUCACCUUUACUGAUUCACCAGGAGGGCCCAAAGCUGCAGCGGUUGUGGCCGAUCUGUCUGAAACUACCUUUAACGGCCCAGACGGGGAUAUCAUAGUUGGUGGAGAAGUGCAGUCGCUUGCGUGGGAUCCAAGAGGAGAGAGGCUCGCUGUACUCCUCAAAGGGCAUACCAAGACAGAGGGUCGUCCAGCUGUGAUUGCUGUUUUUAGGACCCGUACCAGCCCAGUGUUCGAGCUCCUGCCAUGCGGGUUUGUACAUGGAGAAGUAGGGGCCGAACCCAGACUUAUGCAAUUCCACCCUCACUUUCAGCACGGGGCACUGCUGACCGUGUGUUGGUCCAAUGGAAAAAUCUCCCACUUGCCCUUCUACUUUGUGAGUGCAGGAGCUGCUCAACCCAGCCCACUGCCUCAUCUCACAGGUCAGAGUGCCGACUACAGCUCGCACCAGCUCUACACGGAACAGUGCUCUUAAAAACACACACUCACAGCUGCCUCUGCAAUUAUUUGUAUUGAAAUAAAUGUUAUAAAGGAUU